UCCACACUGUAUAGUAUCUGUUUUCUUCUUCCUCCUCAACUUCAAGUUCUCUGCUUUUCUUCUUCUUCACUCUCCCAUUGGUCCCAAAUCCCAAAUCAUUAAACUUUACUCCCUCUUCUCUCAUUUUUAACCUUUACUGAUCUGACCCAUUUCUCAAAAUCCCUCCUUUCUCUUUCUUCUCACUCCUCAUUGGUCUCUUAAAACUUUAAUUUUUGCUGCAUUUCACUGUUAACGUCUCAAAUUAGAAUUCAAUUGAUCAAAGAUCCCAAUUUGGAAUAAGCCCGUGAGUGAAAGUUAAGGUCUUUUGGCAUCUCAAGUUAAACCAAUAGUUUCUCAAAUCAAGAUUCAAAGAAAUAUUAUUUAGUGAUUGUAAUCUGGGAGAUGGAAGAAUAAUUAAAAAAAAAUGGAAGUUGUUGAGAGGAAACGAUCUAGAGGAGGGUUCUUGAAUCUAUUUGAUUGGCCUGGAAAGUCCCGGAAGAAGCUCUUCUCUUCAGGCAGCUCGGAAGUCUCAGAAGAACCAAAGCAGACAAAACAGAAUGCUCAAAACCUCUCUACUCUUUCUCUCAUUGAGGUUGAUGAGGUUGGUAAGAAUUUGAGUUACAAUCCAAGAAGUGAGUCAAGCUGUUGUGCAUCUUCCGUUACUAGUGAUGAGGAAGGGCAGGGAACAAGAGCCCCAAGUGUGGUUGCGAGGCUCAUGGGUUUAGAGUCUUUACCAGUACCAAAUGUUCAGGAGCCUCGGUUUAAUCCUGAUCUUGAUCCAUUCUUCCUCAGACCUUCAAGGAACACAAGCAAAUGGAAUGCAUAUGAGAAUCUUGGUUAUGUUAAUCUCCGUAGUGACUAUGAUGGAGGAGUAUCUUGUGAACAUUUGGAUUCAAGAACCAAUGAUGGCCGCAGCAACAGACCUAUUGAGAGGUUUCAGACUGAAACUUUCCCUCCCAGGUCGGUUAAACCGAUCUGUGUUACCAAUAAUAGACUCUUGUCUCCUAUCAGGAGUCCUGGGUUUGUGCCAUCCAGGAACCCUGUUUAUGUAAUGGAAGCAGCUUCGAGAAUGAUUGAACCAAGUCCUAGGAUGGUUGCUAGAACACGUUUUUCAACGCCAUCUAACUCUCCUUCAUCGGUUCCUAUGAGGAUUCAAGAUUUAAGAGAGAAACUAGAAGCUGCACAGAAAGUGUCAAGCCGCCAAGUCAAUGGAAAGCACAACGAGAAGAGAGCAUCAGCAUCAGUCACCACACCAUCAACUAGUAAUAGUAAGUCCAUGGGGAAAGACAGUUCUGAUGGUUUGAAGAGAAAAGCAAAGCCACCUUAUGUACCUGCACAAGCAAAGGCCAGCACAACGCCCUUAAGCAUCAGCAGAAGCCAAAAGGAGAAAGCUGAAGCUAAAAAUUGCAUAGUCAAAAGCCAGAAUGGUCUCAGAGGAACACCCAUGAGCACAGGAAAGAGUGUGCUUAAGCAGAAUUACCAGAAACAGAACUGCAGAGACAACCCACGCUCAGUAACAUCUGUUCCAGACCGAAAAAGCAGCAAUGUAAUUAACAAAGCUGUAAACAAGGUUCCAGUGUCAAAGCAGCAGGGUUUAACAACAGCAUCGGCGGGAAAGAAUACUUCUCUAUCUUUGUCUCGAAAAAAGACUCUUCCCCGGAGCAAGAAACCACCAAAUGGGAUGCAAGAAUCUGGAGAUAAACGGAUCAAAAGUAAUGAAAAUGUGAUAAAAUGUAACAUCACCAUUGAUAACAAAGGCAAAGAUGAUCGGAAAAAGGAAAUGGAUGUGAUUUCAUUCACAUUUUCAUCUCCCAUCAAAGGUUUAUCAUCUGAUUCACUAUCUUCCACUCAGGGAAUUGACCAAGACACGGACUCUGCAGUUAGUUUUGAUAAGUUUGGUGGUGAUUCUUUAAAUGUUUUGUUAGAGAAAAAGCUCAGAGAGCUUACUUCUAAGCUUGAGUCUUCUAGCUGUAGUCUGACCCAAGAAGAGUGCUCACGUUCCAGCGCAAACGAUGGGGGGAACGGGAAGUCGACCCAAAACGGUCUGGAUACGGUUUUAUCAGAGAGUGAAUCUGUUUCUGACUGCACUUCGUUCUAUGACAAACAAAAAUUCCAGAUGUUACAAGCAGAAGAGCAGGAAGUUAGCAGCAUUAGCACUGUGACAGAAGCUGAUGAUCUCAUAAGCUCCUGCAGCAAGGGCUUCUCAAAUUGCAGACAGACCACAGAACAUGGGAUUAAACAGUCCUCACCAGAUCAAGAAUCCACAUGGUUUUCAGCAAAUGAGUCGCAUUUAACACAAGACGAGUCUGAGCUCUCAGAGUCUGUAAUAACACUGGCUUAUUCAGAAGACGAAGAAAGGCUAGACUGGGAGCUUGAGUACAUAUCUGAGAUCCUCAGUUCUGAUCAACUUAUGGUGAAAGAGUUUGCUUUGGGAAUGGCUACUGAUAUAUUACCUGCGAGCCUCUUUGAUGAAAUGGAGGGCCGUGGAGAAGGCACAUCAGCCAAGCUCAGAAGAAGAACAUUAUUUGAUUUUGUUAAUAACUCCUUAGCACUCAAAUGCGAGCAGAUGUUUAGGGGUACCUGCAGAGGGAUAUUGGGGAAAGAGGGAUUUAUGUUUGAACAUAGAGAUUGGUUAGCUGAAGAACUGAACAGAGAGGUUCACGGGUUGAAGAAGAUGAGGGAGAUGAUGAUGGACGAGCUUGUUGACAAAGAGAUGAGCAAUUUAGAAGGGAGUUGGCUUGAUUUUGAGAGAGAGACUUAUGAAGAAGGCAUUGAUAUCGAAGGAGAGAUAGUCUCUACGUUGGUUGAUCAUUUAGUUAAUGAUCUUGUCUCAGUGUUCAAAGAGCAACAAAGAAAUGGGUUAGUGUCUGCUUUUCUGGAGUCUGAUCUUCUCUCAGCAUUCUAGAAGCUUAUGGUCUGUGUAUCUGCAAGUUUCUUUUGAUAGUUUCUCAGACAUGAGAGCUGAGAUAAAGUGAAAAGUAGCCAAUACUGAGGAGGAUUCUCUCACCAUGUCAUCCAGGAGCAAACCUUUCUUUUAUAUUUUUCAACAUUUGUAUUGUCUACAUGGGUAAAUCCUUUUAAAGAUCGAAUGAAAUGCAAAUAAACUAUCAUAAUGAUUAAGAAAAUGUUACAGAAUCACUCUUCUUCUUCAAGAGGAAAAACAAGA